CGCCGUACUUCUCAGUUUCCAUCAGUCAAGAAGCGGUCAAAAUGGCCGUCGCGAAGGAGAUCCUUACUGUUCAAAGCGACGGCGAAAACGCUCUGUCUUGCUUGGGGGAGAAUGGCGAAUGGUGUGACCAACAGACCUCUUCGCAUUCCCGCCGGGACGCUCUCGAGGAGGAGGAUGCAGUCAACUUUCAAAAUCAUGACUCAAACCUCAUGCUUUCGUCGCCAUCGGACGAGAUCUCUCUAAAUGUGCUCCCCUCAUGCACGGCGGGAUCGCAAGUCAAUGCCGCUACUCCGCACGCUAUACCCACCUUUGCAUGGCUUCCUCCGUGGAAACUCUUAAAUUUCACAGAAGUUCCUGGGAGGCCUCUCUUGCAUGUCCCCGAGACGCCGGGAGGAUUGAAUAGCACAUGCAUUCCGCAACCUGUUCCUCAAACUUACGCAGAGGCUCGUGUCACGGCGAUCAGGGUCAUUAUGCAACGACGACGGGCAAAAGCAUCCGUUGCUUCGCCGGGAACGUUCGAACGCAGCACAACGAUCGAGAGUGGCGUGCUCGAUUCAUCACCCGUCUUUGGGGGCAGGGAUCGUUACACGCUUUCUCUGAAGAGUAGCAACAGCCGUCUCCUGGCUUGGUCACAAUAUCAACCGAAGAUUGCCAAACCUGAACCUACGGCGACAGUAACGCGACGUACUUUAGGUGACGCGGAAGCUUCCGCGGAGAUCAAGUACGCACCUCGCAGUCAGGGAGAGGUCGUGCAUAGAUCUUCUCUCCCACUCUGCACAAACUAUCCGUUGACAGGAGUUGGAAACCUGACACCCAGAAACCAUGGCAACGCAAUCCCCUUGCAGCCUCCUCGGAGCACCGCGACCGAUGCAGUCUUGAGGUUCCCCGUGAUUACAAACCCAGCGUCACUGUACGCAAGAUCGACCAACUAUUCGCAAGUUGGACGAGAAAUUGGUUUAGCUGUAAGCACUCGAGAUAGCGAAGAGCCAAGGCAAAGUGUGCCGUCUGUGCACAGUACCAUUCUGCCCGCGCCACCCGCACUUGUUUCAGAUACUACGUCACGUGUCUUUCCACUUGCGACGAAUCUGAGACCUAACGGUGUUCAAGGUCGCGCUCGAAUCAAGGCAGCAUAUUAUGCACCGGGUGCUCACCCUCCAGCACCUACAGGAUCAAAGUGUUUCACGAACGUGACUGGGGGUGUUGGGAAUCAUAUGGCGAACCGGCAACCGAAUGAUACAGACGAGGUGCGCGCGUCGACAUGGCUGGACGUGUGGCACAAGGAAGGGGAUCUAGCACAGGCUCAGGCCUCCACGGGCGGGACACCGCCGCGAAAGAGGAGCGCAGAGGAGAAGGCAGUCUAAACACUGGUCGUCACCUCUAUCCACGUGGACACAUUGGGUCCAUGCCACAUGGAUCUCAGAUACGUAGCCCAACGUACAGGAUGGCAAGUCAUCGCCUGGUGGUGGAGCCUCGAUAGGAACGGUUUCAAAGUCGUGCACUCGAAAUGUCCUAGCAUGUGGUUUUGUAACAGGUUGAUUGUAUGUAUUAAGGUAUGAUGGCAGUGGUUUUAAAAUUAUCAAAGGAUCGACCCAGGUGGCAACCGAUGAAAU